AUGAGCUCGCCCGAACCCCCACUGCUGCCAUCAGUCUCCCCACGGGGUCGGCCAGUGCCACUUCAAACCCCAUGUAUCAAUUGCCGAUCCAAGCAUCUUCGAUGUACGUAUGAAACCAACCAAUGUGAGCCCUGUAAACGACACAACCGGACAUGCGUCCGCCGCAACCCUCGCCAGAAUCCGAUUCAAUUUCGUCCGGGUAGCCGUGCAAAGUAUGACCAGGCUUUUGCUCCGGAUCAGGUCUGGGUAAAGCUGGGCCGUAGAUCGGCACGCCUGAGAUUUGUCGACGAGACCGUAGACGUCAUCUCGGGCUACAACUCGGCGAGUGAUUCUGAAAACGAGAUGAUUGACGGCGAGGAUGUGUCCUUUCGGACUGGGGCCGCCGUAGGAACUCAAUCAGAGGCUACGCAAUCUCAUCCAGCUCUGGGCGCAAACAACUCCAUCAAGAAUGCUACUCAAGGUGGGACCCAAAGACAGGCAACAACCGUGUCGGUAAUGACUACGCUGGGAAGCUCAGAUACAGCUACACUACAUCGAGAUGCAGGAAUAGGACCUACUGAGAGCCAGAGACAGAUGCACAGACCCGUCGUCUUUGUUGGAGAUACUGACAUCCGUCUCCAAGCUAUUCUCCUACGAUAUUUCGCGGAGGUCAUUGGCCCUCGCUUCGAUUUAUGUGAUAACGAGCGCCACUUCAGCCGUCUGGUACCGCAACGGGCCCGUUCCUCUCCCACCCUAUUGAAUGCGAUUCUCACUACCUCAGCCCGGCAUUUGACCCGGCUACAAAGGUAUCGCAAUUCUGCCGGCAUCGUGGAGUGGCAGGGCCAUCUGUUACCGAAUUUGAGCGAGGAAUCUGCUGUCUACUACCACAAUGAAUGCAUUAAAGACCUACUUCGGCUCAGCAUGGACCCAGAACAGAUUCAUAAUGAAGCUCUUCUGGCCGCGGCCAUCAUUCUUCGCACCGAUGAAGAAAUGGACGCCCCGCUCCACGAAGGCGAGGAGGAUACCGAGGUUUUCCUAGGCAUGCUAAACAUGUUUAUUAACGCCCAGGUGCCACUAGUGGCAACAUUACCGCACAGCUCCCCUCCCGUAUAUCCAUCACAGGAAGACCUCUAUGGCCCAGGAGUCCACUUAGUCCAUGCACCACAACCGCCGGAUUCGCCCUCCCACCCGCUCUCUUCCCCCACACCACAGACCAAUAUCUUAUGGCCUUAUGCCAUUCCACAUGUCCCUAGACCGGACGGCCUUCGCCAGGCCGCCUUUUGGGUCGCCCUGCGUCAAGAGCUCUUUACCUCAUUCAUGAAACAACGCCCUCUGAACUUUCCCAUGAGUCACUGCGAUGCGUUCCGCAAUCUCUCACCCGCCGAGGAUGUCAUCUGGGCAGACAGGCUCGUCAUCUUCUGCGCCGACCUUCUCGAAUACUGCUACGGAAGUAGCUAUCUCCACAACGCGGAUCAAGCCUCACGUCGUCGCCAUGACCCGUCCCGCUGGCAUGAGUUGCGGAAUUACGAACGGGAUUUGACGCUGGCCCUGCCGAAAUCAUUUGAGCCCAUGUGCUACCGAGAGCCCGAUACGAGCUCCGGACAGGUCUUUCCAGAGAUCUGGCAUCUGGAAAGCUGCCACGUCACGGGGACCACGCAUCUGGAGUUAGCUCGCAUCUUGUUAGUCGCUUUCGAUCAAAGCCGGCCUAACUUAGGACCGGGAUCGGUCUCGAGCCAAAGGAAGCUCGCCAGCACGCUGAAGGAUAUCGUGCGCCGGCUCUGUGGGAUCGCGAUGUGCAACCGCCAAUCGCCACCGGCGUUCAUCGAAGCCUUAAUGGGUAUCACGUUAUGCGGGGAGUAUUUUACUGAUCACGGGGAGCAGCAAGCCCUGUUGGGUGUUUUGAGAACCAUGCGUCAGGAACAUGCUUUUCCAACGGGGAAGGUAGAGAAGAUGUUGCUGGAUGCGUGGGGGUAA